AUGAGCUCAGUAACAGAUAUGGACUUCAAUAUGUCUUCCAUCUACAGCAACCCACAGAAAUUCUUCGAAAUGAUGGCUCAGGCAAACCCAAAUCUACCAGUCCCUCCUUCAUUUCCAUCUCGUGCUGAAGUCAGAAACAAGGCAGCGGCCUUUUCCAAAGAGAUCUUCAGUAGCUGGACCACCCUCCGUGACAUUUUGGCGCGUCGCGAGGAGGUGAUUCGAAAACGCUGGAUGAACAAGAGGAAAGAACAACGCAAGAAAAUUCUUCUAGCCGCUUGGCCAGGCAUGCCCGAGCGACACCGACCGGAUUUCUACGAGCUUGAGAAGACCGGAUCCCGUGCUGAGUCAAGAAAUAUCGAAGCUUUCAAAUAUCCCUAUGUCAACCAGGAAGAUCUCCUUCAAGGAAGAGCAUUGUUAUUAUUCUUGAAUUCACGCGGUCGAAAUCCACCCCAUUCCUUUGCCCACGCCGAUCUCGACGCAAUGCAUGUUGGACAGACUAGCAAGAUGAUUGUCCCGGUAUUCCUCAACGAAUACACAAUGUACAUCGCCGGCGAAUCAGUUCCACAUAGCUACGGUCGCCUGGUUAGCUGGGACGAUGACGACGACGCGUUCAUGCUGCAGCAAAGUUGUCUCCAGUUCCAGCCUGGGACGGGGCUUUUGGUUUUGGAAAUCCAGAGCAAGAUCUAUUCUUUCCUUCUUGAGUGCUGCUACCAAAUAUUCCACGAUGUUCCGCGAGACGAGCUGGCCAGCCUCCAACUUCCUGAGCAACCUGAGCCACCACCGAUCGUGGCUUCUGAGACCUCCUAUGCACAACUUUCCUCAGUGGCAGCAGAAGCGCCAUAUAGACUACCAGCCAAGCUUGAUACGCGUCGACUUGUUCUCCUGGUAGAGGCCAAGCGAGCAGCUGCCGAAGACCAUGUCUGGGAUCUUAGAGAAGAUCCAGGGUAUUUCGCAUCGGUGGCUAUUGAUCAAGCACAGCAUCGCCAGGAAAGCCUUCUCGACGUAAGGGGCCAACGCCACCCACACCACGAUGACGAGGUUUUCUGGAACCGAGUGAUAAGAAGCGUACCGGUCGAGGCUUACAUGUCCUUUCUCAGUUGGGAUCUGCUUUACAACUACGCAGUCAGCCUAGACGAUGCGUUCAAAUCUGCCGGAACUCUUGACCAUGGCCAACCUCUGCCUGAGAAGCUCGAGACAGCCCUGGUGGAGUUAUGCUUCGCUGCCGAAAUGAUAUCAAAGGGCCUGAUUGGAGAAUUGAAGUCCAGUGUGCCAGCUUCGUUACCAAUGCGCGAGCGCUUUGUUCGAGAACCCCAACAACCAGGAACGGCAGUCAUCCGGACCAAGACGAAACAGGGUGUCGGCAAGGACCCCUUACUACAGCUAUUCGUGAUGCUGUGGGAUGAAGACAAGGUGUUUUUAACGCAGCUUCCCAACCUCGUAGAUGAGCUACAGCGAUGCGUUGACCACGACCCUGGUCAGAAGGGCAGAAUGUCGUCCUGCGUCGCCGGGUAUUUCUCCGACCUGGCCCUCAUUGCACAACUCGUUAGGCAGGUAAAGACCUUCUUUCCAUGGGCCGCGGGUUUGGAAACAGAGAUGAGUCCAGAAAACCGAGGUCCAGGGUACGCUAAAGCAACGGAAGAUACAGCAACUGUCUAUCAAUUGUUCCGUGAAGACAUCGCUCCGAAUCUCGCGCGCAUCGUCGUCCCACUCUCAAGACACCUGCAAUAUCCCAUCGAAAGGGUCCACAACGUGACAAACGUGAACGCCUGCCGCCAAGCCGAAGAUCGACUGGAUAGGUUGUGGAAGGUUGUCGAUGCGCAUUUUCGAAAACAUACCGACAAGACACUUCACGAGAUAUUCCUCAGCCACGAUGUGAAGGCUCGAGAGAUCCAUCGCAAGCCAGAAUGGACACCUCCACCAAAAGUAUCCCAGCCGCCCAACAAGGAGAAAGAAAAUGAAGCUCUCAGCGACUCAUUUCCCCGCCUUAACAUCGAGCCCGAUAGACCAGGCAAAUUCAAAGGACCCGAAGUAUCUCGAGCAUCCAAGUUCAAAACCCGCGGCCCAUCUCACCCGCCCGAUUCCAGCGACGCAACACCACCAGUACCCGACGAUCCGACUUCCCUUUCGACGCCUCCCUUCCCAGUCUUCACCCUCCCGCGACGCGCUUACAAAGUCUUCGCCUCUCUCUUCCCAACACCCUCUAACCCCUCCCAGGGCGGCGAAAUUAGCUGGACAGAUUUCUUGCACGCGAUGACGAGCAUUGGCUUCGCAGCGGAGAAGCUGUAUGGCUCCGUAUGGCAGUUCACUCCGCCGGAUGGAAUAGAUUGGGAGAACGCGAACACUCGGGGAAUUCAUAUCCACGAACCGCAUCCAGCGCCGAAGAUGGGGCUUGGCACGGCGAGACGGGUUGGGAGACGACUGGGACGGAGGUAUGGACUUAGCGCAGAGAGGUUUGCUUUGGCGUGA